CACAAAUCAAUUGUCACUCUUACAUUUGGAGCAUAUUUAUAUUCCAAACGCCUGAUCAUUGUUCUCUACACAUAUAUAUACUUUCUGGUUUCUUCUCCCAAAUCCAGAAUCAAAAUCUAGUACAGUAGAAAUACCAUUUCUAUAGCUUCAAAUUUCAGUACCCUUUCCUGUUUCCCUCAACAAAUGAUCCAUCUUUAAUAGAGCAUUAACAUGACGUCUGAGUUUUGACCUAAGAUGACCCCAUAAAGAGUGUUAUAUCACUGCUCGAUCCUCUGAUCAAGUUCUGAUAGUAUUUUUGAGGUGGGAUUGUGAAGUGCAUAAAAUCAAUGAAUGCAUGGCCAUAGUUUAAUUGCUUAAAGAUAUUUUUCAUCUCUAUUCUUGUUCCCUGGAUUCUAAUUCUCUCUGUUCCUGCAACAUUAUUGAGGAGAUUAAGCAUCUUUUAUCCAGGUUUAUAGACAUAUCAUCAAUUCCCUUUGUAUUAUUGCUGUAUUAGUAUAUGAAUAUAUUCCUUCCUUCACACUCUAUAUACUCCAUAUUCAGACAUAUUUUCUAUGAUCCUAUACUUGCUUCCACCAUUCAGUCAUUGUUGCUGUAUCCUCCUUGUUUUUUACUGUCAUUCCAUCUCUAAUUCUUCAUUGUCAUUUGAAGGUUUACUUCGGGUUUUUUUUGAAGGCUGGUGAUCUUUUCAUCAUUUUUCCUGUAUCAUUCUCAAAUAAAGGAAGUGCCGCAGUAUUUUUGAGGAAGUUUUGGAGAAGGAAUUUUGUUCAUUCUGUUGAGGAGAAUGAAUGGGAAAAAGGGUAGUGUGGAGAUUCAUAUCCCAACCAUUGCCAAGGUUAUUUGUCCUGAUGCCGAGAAUUCGAGCUUUUCGUGCAGAUGUUGGAUCGUGGAGAUUUGGAGAUUUUGCAAAGAGGAUAUGAAUAGAGUAAUAUUUUCUUUCAAAGUUGGCCUUGCUGUUCUUCUGGUUUCUUUGCUCAUAUUGUUCCGUGCACCUUACCAUGUUUUUGGAGCCAACAUAAUUUGGUCAAUCCUCACUGUUGCGAUCAUGUUUGAAUACACUGUUGGUGCAACAUUUAAUAGAGGAUUCAACAGGGCACUUGGAAGCCUGUUAGCUGGAAUUUUAGCCAUUGUUGUUGCUCAAAUAGCCUUUAGUUGCGGCCGUGUUGCUGAACCGAUAAUCAUCGGUAUCAGCAUCUUCUUGCUUGGGACUAUUACAUCUUUCAUGAAGUUAUGGCCUUCCCUUACGCCGUAUGAGUAUGGGUUUCGGGUAAUACUGUUCACCUACUGUCUGAUAAUAGUAUCUGGCUACCGAAUGGGGAACCCGAUAAGAACUGCAAUGGAUCGGCUUUACUCGAUCGCCAUUGGAGGGAUUGUAGCAGUCUUGGUGAAUGUUCUGGUUUUCCCCAUGUGGGCUGGUGAGCAAUUGCAUCAAGAACUUGUGACCAACUUCAAUGUAGUGGCUGAUUCCCUUGAAGAAUGUGUGAAGAAGUAUUUGGCAGAUGAUGGAUCAAAUCAUCCAGAGUUUUCAAAUGCAGUGAUGGAUGAGUUCCCAGAUGAGCCUGCUUAUAAGAAAUGCAGAUCCACUUUGAACUCUUCAUCUAAAUUGGAAACCCUGGCUAAUUCAGCUAAAUGGGAGCCACCACAUGGCAGGUUCUGCCAAUUCCUCUACCCAUGGUCUGAGUAUGUGAAAGUUGGUGCAGUUUUGAGAUAUUGUGCCUACGAGGUUAUGGCGUUACAUGGUGUUCUUCACUCCGAAAUUCAGGCUCCUUAUAAUCUCAGAAUCACAUUCCAGAGGGAGAUCCUAGAAGCCACCACCGAGGCGGCUGAGUUAGUUCGGUCUUUAGGGGGUGAUAUUCGUGAUAUGCAAAGAAGCCUCAAAACUAAUCUGCUGAAGAAGGUCCAUCUGAAAACUGAGAGGCUCCAACGCGCUAUGGAUAUGCAUUCGUAUCUGCUGACAUCAAGCUAUGAUCAACCAUCACCUGACAACCUGACUUACAAGCCACCAUCGACAAAUGUCUCCCUAAAGUUAUCGGAUGAUGUAGCAGAAGAGUUUGGUCUUAAACUUCCUGAUGAAGACGAUUCUAAUCCGCCUUCCCAGCCCUUGAGAGACUACCCACCACUGCAAACAGAAUCCUACCACGAGACAGUGAGGAUACAAUUCAGAAGGCUGUAUUCAUGGCCGUCGCGAGAAGUUGAUGCUUUUGAAGGGGAAGGAGGUUACGGUCCUGAUUUCAUUCCGAAAAUGCGUGCAUGGGAUAGUACUAUUCAAUUGUCACUCGCUACUUUCACCUCGUUGCUUAUUGAGUUUGUUGCCAGACUUGAUCAUCUAGUUGAAGCAGUACAUGACCUAUCUAAACUGGCCAAUUUCAAGAUCCAGGAAUUAUGAGGAGAGUGGAAUUUAUGCCCAUCGAAGAAUUAGAAUAUUAACCUUUUAGUCUGGAGUAUAAAACUGGAGGUCUGUAUGUAAAGUUGAAUGGGGGAAUAGCUACUAACAGCAAGACGAAAUUAGAAUUGCAUCUCGAUGAAUUUGAUAGGAUUGAUCCCCUAUCCUUUUCAAUAUUCCGAGUCAGUGGUAACAAGCACAAAGUGAAACUUGACGGAGUUUGUUCACAUAAAAAAGAAUCCUGUUGCAUUUAAAUCAGGAUAGAAGAUCGGAAUUGGAACUGUUCAAUACCUCAGAGUUACAAUUGCCGCACAGGUGAACUAAAACUCCAGCCUUUAUCCGCUCCUCUGCUACAUCUUACGAAUCAUACAUAGUUAAGGGGAGCCUGCAGGAUGACAAUUUCAUUCGCACGACAAGUUAUGCAUAAAAGUAGUUAAUUACAUAAAGCAUCAUUCAUAGGUUUUAUCAUUUUGUUACAGAGCACCUUUUCCAGAGCCUAUAUAGUUUGUUGCGACUAUCAAUUUUUUUUUAUUUUCAAAUGUACCAUGCUGUACUCCAUCUCAAUACCCCUGUAGUUAUUUCAUAUUAAACUAAUCCAUCUCAAUACCCCAUGCUGUACAACAUAUUUACUUACAUGGUCUGUGGGGUUUUGCAAGUAAACACCCCAAAAGAGAGAAUAAUGGCUUCACAACAGAUGCCAACUUCGAAGUAUUUCGCACAGCGCACUCACAAAGCAACAGAGAAGGCAACUCCAAUCAAAGUAGAAUAUGGAAUUGCUAAGUUAUUUUAAACACCAGACUUUAUAUAAUGGAACAGGAGGCCAAAUUCAAAUAUUUACAAUGAAAAACACACUGGAAACCACACUACAAAUGAAAGUCUAAUCGCCAGACAGAUCACUUCUUCCCCUUAUUACCACACACAUAUAUUUCACCAAUUGAAACAAAAAAAGAAAAAAAAAAAAUGUUUCACAACCUAGAUAUGAAAUCUGGGGAAGGAUAUGCAAACAGAAAAGACAAACAUGUCUGACCAUGAAAUUCAUAGAAAGAUGAAAGUAGGUGAACCAUCUUUACUUCCGGCUCUGAAGAAUCCAAGAACUUCCAGGCUCAGAUGGACCGGUUACACAACUAUUGUUGCUGCUGAAGUUAAGACUAGCAUUGCCAGUAAGCAUAGCCAUCAAGCUGCCCCCAUGAACCCUCCCUUCUGGUGUUGGACUUGCUGAAUUAGAAGGCAUACUAGGCAUACCAAUUGGCAUUGGACCACCAUAUUUCCAGCCAGAACCAGUUGAAGAUGCUGUAUCCAAUUUCAUGAUAAUAUCAACAUUCAUGUCCUGUUUCAAAUUCUCAUGUCUGUGCGGUUCUGAAUCAUGGACCAAUGCUCCUACUGUUGCACCACCGUGAACCCGUUUAUCCUGGAUUAAAGCACCAUGGGAUGCACACAGUCCAGUUUUACCUCGAGCAAACGAGUUGCAAGGAUUUUCACCAAUUCCAAGUUCAGAACCAGGCUGGCCCCAAGAACACCUCUUCCCACCGCCGUGGGCUUUGCAAAAGUCGGUGCUUCCUUGUGCACUCUUUCCACACCCUUCAGAUUUACAUCUCUUGCCACCACCAUGACGAACACAAUAAUCGGUCCGACCCCUUGCACUCUUAGUACACUCUGCGACAGCACACCUCUUGCCACCCCCAUGCGCCACACAGAAAAGUGUCCCUCCGUGCACACUUUUUGGACAUAUACCACCUCCUUGGAAGGAGCACCUCUUUCCUCCACCAUGGCCCUUGCAGAAGGGAGUACUACCUUCGGCACCUUUAUUGCAUCCUUCAAAGGUGCAUCGUUUACCACCACCAUGAGCCUUGCAAAACAUUGUGCUCCCCUGUGCCCCUUUGGUGCAUUCUGGGUACUGACAUCGACGACCACCUCCAUGUGAGAUACAGAGACCAGACAGGCCUUCUGCACUCUUUUUGCAAUCUUCCUUCUGGCAUCUUUUACCACCCCCAUGACGAAUGCACAAUCCAGAUUUUCCCCUAGCAGCUCGACUGCAGCCAUCGUGACUGCAUCGUCGUCCACCACCAUGGGCAAUACAGAGGUCAGUCCUUCCUUCUGCACUCUUAGUGCAUCCUAGAUAUUCACACCGACGACCACCACCAUGAGCUUUGCAAAAUGCAGUUCGACCUUCAGCUCCUUUAUGACAGCCUGAUCUCUGACACCUACGACCACCCCCAUGAGCUAUGCAAAGUCCAGAAGCACCUCUAGCCCCUUUUAGGCAUCCAUUAACUUGACACUGCUUGGUACUAGUACUACGCUGCUGCUGUGACUGUUGAGUUAUCCCGGAAGUACAGGUGACUGAGCUUUUUGGUGUUGUUAUCAUGCUAGAUGAAAACUCCUGAGUGCUUGCAGCUGGAUUUAUCUCCAUUGCAACUUCAUUAAACAAAGAGUCAUUCGGUCUACGGUUUGUUACCUCCAAUGGUUGAAGCACACUACCCAUAAUGGAGCUUGAUCUUUCCUCAAAGUUCAAGGUCUGGCCAACAGCAACAGGCAUGAAACUCGCCACAUUUUUUGGUGGGGUAGAACUGAGAUGAAGUGUAGUGACAUCAGAUUCAGCCACUCCACUGGAAAGACUCAACUCCAGAUCAACCUUUGGCCAAACAUCCACUGAUUUAGAAGGACUACCAAAUUUCCUCUCAUUACCAAGAUGAAGAGUGAAGUCCAGCUCUAGAUCCAUUGAAGACGACUCCUCUAUUUCUUUUGCUGAAGAAAUUGAUGUGCAUGCAGUAGUUGAACUACCUUUACUGUCUGAGGAACUUGAAGAAUGGCCUAGACGGAGAGACAAGGCGGACUCAAGUUGUUGAACUGGUUCAUGCAUCAAACUCCACUUCCUUUUAAUUCCUUUUGGGGCAGACGCAAAAGGCAUUGGCGAUCCAGAAAAAUCAAGUCGUAAUGUAGUGUCAGCACCAUAAGCACCACUACCACCAGUAGCUCCUCCAAUUUGAAAAGAAUUGCUCAGAUUCCUCAAACCAUUCAAUCCAGGGUUUGCAGCAUAACCAAAAUUGUGGAAUCUGGCAUCCAUAGUUGAUAGCUAAAUUGCAAUGCUAAACGACAAAGAACAGCCUCCUGACUUCCGGGCUAAAUAAAUUAUGUACAAAACUACAGUUAGAUGUCUCUAAAUGAGUAGAGACAUCCCCCACUUACAAACCCCGAAGUAUCACGCCGGUCCAUUUCUUGUAUAUUUAUCAAAAAAAUUCAACUAACUAGCACCAAGCAUAGCAGACCAUGGACCCACUUGAAUUCUUCAGCCCAACGUACACUGAAUCAAUCACAAAUGAGCAAUUAGGGUAUGUAAAUCAGAUGCACUCACAAAAAUAAGAAAGUGUUGCCUUCUGGCCGGUUAGCUUCAGAAACCAUUUGCAAAUUAUCAAUUAAAAGACACUUUCAAAUUACUCAAUUAAUCUGCUAUGCAUGGACAUGGAAUUUUAUAUAUCACAGUUACAAUACCAAUUAGACAUUGGACAAGGAGCAGAUACAAUUCCAUUAGAGUCUCUCAAAUCAGAUGAAAAACAAAUAAAUAGGACAUAAAACAUCAACUUCUUGCUUUUCCGUCAUUAGUUUCACAAAGGCAUGAAAUUUUCUAAAUGCAGAACAGAAUCUUCAUUCCUGUAGUAAAAUGCGGGAAACAAAAUCUAUGAGUAGGAAGCCAUGCACAUAGAGGACCUGUAGAUAUAAAUGAAAAACCAAAAAGAAAAUGAAAAUCGGAGAAUCAGACGAAGUAAAACCCAAAACUGAUUAAUUCAGCUGCACAGUAAAAUCAAAAGCAGUUCACUUUAUUCAUUUAGAUCUACCAGUUGACAAGAAACGAAAUCAAGCUUACAAUUCAAAAAUAGAAAUCAAUCAAUACAAAAAGUGAGGCUUUCUUCUUAUUCCUUUGUCCCCAAAACCAAAACCAAACCCAAUAACAAUACCAGAUGCCCAAGAUUUUAGAUUUCUUCUUCUAUGUUUUAACAACCAAACAAGCAAAUAAAUAACUUUGAACACGAAACACCAAUGUAAAUUACUUUAAAAUUUCCUAAAAAUCGCAAUCAAUUCAGAAACACAACCAGCUCAAACAUACAGAACAUGAAAAAUAUCAAUUACCAAACAAAAACCAGUUACCAAGAAUUCAUUCAAAUCCAAUAACCAAAUGAAUAGUUUUUGUUCCAAACCACAACAAAACCAAAUUCCACCAUAAUUCACAGACAGCCAACAGCAGAAAAAGAUCCAAUUAGACAAUCAUAACUCCUUCAAACAAAAGAAAAUAAUUAUCACCAAACAAUACAAUUAAAAAAGAAAAAAAGCUUACACAUGAGAUAGCAGAACAACGAUUGAGAAGACCGAUAUGAACAAGGAGCAAAUCACCAACACCAACGGUUGAAUUUUGAAAACUAAGGAAUAGAUGGAGAUGGAUAUGGAGAUUGGAGGUUAGGGCUUCGGAAGUGCCGGCAAAUGAGCGAAGACAAAACAGAGGAAAUGUGCUUUGUUAUAUAUGAAGCACUUGUGAGGAAAAAAAAAAAAGGAAAAAAUGGGGCGAGAAGAGAACGCACUGUGUGAGUGUGUGAGAGAGAAAUUUGCGCGUGAAAACUGGUGGUAAAUUGGAAUUUAACGGAAAAGCGCUGAUGAGGCGGCGGCUGUUGAUAAAUUGUGGAAAAU